CAGACCGAUAUUUUUGUGGGGGUAGUGGAGUAUCUUUCAAGUGUAAUUUUACUACGUAGGUGUCUUAUCCUAUGUUGGCCCGGCCGUGAACGAAAGGGGCGAGGAGGUCAAACCUGGGAAAAUGUCAAUGUUUCAGAGGCUUUCUUCAGUUCUGUGCCAGAAGUCUCAUGUACCAUUAUUAGCUAAUGUGAGAUGUGUACAGAAAGCCUCUGGACUUUUACCUGAAGCAAGAGAUGAUUACCCAGAGAGAGACCUAAAAAAUUUUCCUCGGCCAGUGAGGGCUGAAUUUCCAGGCAAAGUCCGUUUGGGAUUCAUCCCAGAGGAAUGGUUCACUUUCUUCUACAAAAAGACUGGAGUCACAGGCCCAUAUGUCUUUGGCUUGGGUUUAACAACCUAUUUGUGCAGCAAAGAGAUAUACAUCAUGGAACAUGAGUAUUACAAUGGUUUGUCAUUUGCCAUACUCAUUAUUUUUGCUGUGAAGAAGUUGGGUCCAAAAAUUGCUGCAUAUGCAGAUGCAGAAGUUGAUAAAGAAGAAGCAGAAUGGAAGGAAGCAAGAAAUUCUGGUAUAAGAACAUAUGAAGAAGCAAUUGAAGAGGAAAAGAAGGCUCAAUGGCGUGCAGAGGGGCAGACACUUCUUAUGCAGGCAAAGAAAGACAAUGUUGCUUUGCAGUUGGAGGCUGCUUUCAGAGAACGACAAAUGAUGGUCUACAAUGAGGUGAAGAGACGGCUGGACUACCAGGUGGAAAAAGAUGCAGUAGACCGGAGGAUUGCCCAGCGUCAUAUGGUCAGCUGGAUUGUCAGCAAUGUCCUUAAAUCAAUAACACCUGAACAGGAGAAGCAAUCUUUAAGGAAGUGCAUUGCAGAUCUUAAAGCAUUGUCUGUGCGACAGUAGGUGCUUACAGGAAAAUAAGUAUGCAUUGUUGGUAUUAAAAACAUCAGAACUAUGUUCUGCAUUAAUGUAAAUUCCUUUUUGGUAAUUUAUAAAUUUAUGCCUGUGAGAGAACAGGUAUAGUUAAAUUAUAGACCAGGAUAUUAUGGUUGUAGUGUCAGACAAAUCACAUAUGUAUAUUGAAUUUGAGUUUUAACAUAAGGUGAAUAAUGAGAAAAUAAAUUUUGUAUGAUGGGUAAUAUUCAUGUACUGUAUAUGAAAACAUCCUCUAAAAUUGUAUGUUAAUAAUGAAGUUAAUUAUUGUUUGAUAAUUAGUUUAGUCUCUGGAAUGAAAAUUAAGGCUGCAUAUCAUGAACUUCGGCUAAUUGUUUGCCUUAUACAUGGUGCUGCAUUAUAUCAUUCUCAAUUUGAAAAAAAGAGUAUGUUUAUACUUUUUAUUUUGUUGCUUUAUUUUUAACCAUGAAAAAUUAUUUUUGAGAAGUAUCUGAUUCUAACAGUAGUUUUUUCUUCGUCAGAAUAAAAAUGGAACUUGUAAGUGUAUCAUGGAAAAUUGUUCACCUGUAUGCUUCACUCAAAUAAACCUGUUGUACAUAA